UGGUAAAAUGUUCUUGGAAAAAAAAAUAUGACCAUAAUAUCAACUUGCCUAAUAAUUCUGCACACAGUGUAAAAGACCAUUUUUGUCAGAAGUGAGUAAUUGGUGAUCACUGUACACUGAAUAAUUUCACACUUGUGCUUUUAGGGGGCACACUUUUGAAAUUCAUAUAAAACCCGUCUUUUUACUUAAGAACCAGAUAUGGGUGUCAUGCCAUAAAAUAUUUUUAAAGAACCCAACAUGUGUUCUAAGUAAAGAGUAUUAGCUGAAUUUGUUAAGAGUCAGAGGGGGUGUAUUAGUCUAUGCUGUGCACUGUAUAUUUAAACUAUAAAACUUUUAAUUUAAUUGCAAUUAACAUGUCUCUGAAAAUAUUACAUUUAGUUCAUAGGUAUAUUCUUUUCAAUGAUAUUAUUUCCGUAAUAAGAGCCCUUUAAAAAAAAAAAGUUAAAGUAAGCUAUAAGUGCCGAAUGCUACAAAAAAUGUCAACAAGAACCACACAAAACAGGUUGUUGUGUGAAAUGUGGAGGUGAUGAGAUUUGAUUUCUGUUUUCUGUAGUUUCCAGUCUCUUUUAGCAGCUCCUGAAUCAGACACUCCCAACAUUCCUUUCAGUUCUCUCUUCUCCUUUUGGUGGCAUGAGAGAAUGUGUCUGUCAGCUGAGAGACAAACUGGAGGAUUUCUGCAAAGAGGAGAUGAAGAAGAUCUGUGACCGAGGUAAAGUCCUGGAGAUUCAUCUGGUCUCAGAGUCCAUCAUCUAAUAAUCAUGUACAAUUAUGUUAGAAAUGUCUUGCUCUUCUCAGUCACACUUUUCGUGUUUGUUGAUUUCCACCGUUCCCAAGACCAGGAACGACUUCCUAUAAUGUAAGACACUAAGAAAAAAAGCAUUGUGUUCAUGUAUUUUCUAUAGAAGGUGAAAAAAUCAUGAUAGAGUAGUUUUAUAAUUGAUCAUGUAAACGGUGAUAUGCACAGGAUAUCUGGUCAGGGUAUGUGAACAGAUAAAGAGUUCAUCUAUAUUAAGAUAAAACAGAUUCAUAAUUGCUGAUUCUGAUGUGUUUUCUCAGAUUCCCAUCAGUUCACUCUGGAUCCAAACACAGUGAAUAAAUGCCUCCGUCUGUCUGAGAGUGAUUAUGAACACUGGCACAGAUCAUCUGUCUCCUGAUCAUCCAGACAGAUUUGACGUGCACAUUUAUCAGAUGUUGUGUAGAGAGAGUGUUUCUGGACGCUGUUACUGGGAGACUGAGUGGAGUGGAGAUUAUGGUCUGUAUAUAUCAGUGUCGUCAUAGAGCAUCAGCUGGAAGGGAUUGGGAAAUGAGUGUUUGUUUGGACAUAAUGAUCAGUCCUGGAGUUCGUUCCGUUUUCCCUCCGGUUACUUAUUCUUUCACAAUAACAACGUGUAGCUCAACACGUGUAGUCUCUGACACAAUAAACCUCAUUCACACGAUCCAGACCACAUUCACUCAGCCGCUCUAUCCUGGGUUUUGGGUGGCAAAAGGAUCAUCAUUGAAACUGUGUUGAUGAACCAGAACAGAUACUAGAGAUUAUACUCUUAACGCUUGCAUGAUAUAUUAUUAACAGUGAGAUGUUUUAGAGAAUUUUAGGUCCCACUUUAUAUUAGGUGACCUUAACUACUAUGUACUUACAUUUAAACUAAUCAUUUGAUACAAUGUACUUAUUGUUUUUACAUUGUACUUAUAUUUUUAAAAAUACCUACAUGUAAUUACAUUUAUAAUUACACUGUUGGCCCAUCCCUUACAGCUUAACCCACCCUUAAACCUACCCAUACCACCAAACCUGUCUCUAACCUUACCCGUAUCCCACCUCAAUAGCAGCAAAAGUGCUUUGCAAUACAAUAUGAGCACAAUAAGUACAUUGUACUCAUUUUUUGAUGUUAGUGAAUAGUAGUUAAGGCCACCUAAUAUAAAUUGUGACCGAAUUUUAUUUUCUCUUCAUUACAUUAAUACUUCAGCUGAACUUCUGUCACUAAAAUAACGUAAGCAUAAAUGUUAAUAAAUCCUUAUACAGACAGUAAGAUCAGUGUGUGUUAGAGUCAUGUUGAGUGAUGAUGUGUAUCUGUACUUUUCUCAAGAUACACAGUAGGCCCUAUAUGUUGUACACACAUACACAAUAUUAUUCUGUUUAAGUCUCACAGGUUUCAUUGGUUUUCAACACUCACCGUGGUCUCUGGCGUCCUCUGCUGGUCUGAUUCACUGCUAAUCAAACCUGUUCAUUACGCGAAUCUUCUUCCUGUUGGACAUUCACCUGAUUGUGGAUUAUGUAUUCAGUUUAAUAUGAAUAUUUUUGGUAAGCUACUAGGUGCCCCUCAUCGAUGAACACCACGGUUUAUUAUUAUGAUAAUUAAGAAUGUAUAGCCUAAUUGCCAAACCAAUCUUGAUUGACAGCGUUUGCAAUUGAUAAUAUUUAAUAUAGGCUAUAAUUGAUUUCUGGUAAAUAUGUGCUAUCUCUACAGCUCAUCUGGGACCCCUGAUAGCCGGUAGAGCUGUUUGUCUUCUGUUAUACAAACAACAAAAAAAUGAAUGUUCUUUAGAAUGAAUUUAAAAUUAGGCUAUUUUAAAUAACCAGAAUUAAUUCAUACAUGUAUUCAUUCAUUCAUUCGAGCUAUAUAACGUGUACAUAUGACACUGACAGCCCAACACACAUAGUGGGCACAAAAUGGACACUUAUACACCCAAUUAACCUGUGGCAUAUAUAUAAAAAUCAAUAGGCUAAAAAAAAAAAAAAAAAACGGACUUGACUUGAUGUGCCUUAUGCACACUUCAACAACAGUGGUCACAAUUAUGACCUGAGGUUUGAAAAACAAACUGAAUAGGUCUCAUUGUUAUUAUUCUAGAAGCGACCACAAGGUGGAUUUUAUUGACGCACAGCCUUUGACAAACCCUACGGAGGUCAAACAUUUCUUGAUUCUAUUUAUAUGUGUCACGUACACACUUCUCACUGAAAGCACGCUUGAGGAGAUCCUUGUGAAACUUUCUCAGUGUAAAAGCGAAACGAUAUUUUAUUGGUUUCAAGAACUGACAGAAAAUAGCGGCUCAAUAAUGCUUUGAGUCAUUCAAAAGCCAUCAGAAGCUUACAUUUUGAACAAUUAAAACGCAAAUAAAAAGGAAUUUCAGAAUGAACACAAACAGUGUUGUGUGAGUUAUGCCAACUGCAUGUCCCCUUAAAGAAACAAUGUUGCCUUGGCACAUGAUACUUUCUUCUGACAGAUGCUCGGUCUUGUAAGGUCGCCUGAGUGUCCGAGGUGGCAGCAUGACGCGCUAAUAUACCGAGCGACGCACUGCUCCUUAAGCCGCGCGUUUCCCCGCUAUAGGCCUAUCUGUACAUUUGAUUACUAUGCUUACAAAUGAGCGAUUUUCUGUACUAGCCUAUCUGCGCGUUUGUAAUCCCAUGUAUAGCGGAUAAAAGAAACUAUUUGACACUGCAGGUCUUCCGGCAGCACUAAGUCAAUCAGCUGCAGUUAGAGGAUUAUCACUGGGACUUUUAUAACAGAACCGAGCGGUUAAUGUCUCGUCUGAGUCGCGUUAUUCCACUUCAUUCCUUCAUCGUGUCGUCACGGAAUAAACCGAGAUUUAAUCAUGACAGAGACGCGCAUUUCGCGCUGGUACUUCGGAGGUGUUGCCUCGUGCGCGGCCGCAUGUUGCACUCAUCCACUGGACUUAAUAAAGGUUCAUCUGCAAACCCAGCAGGAAGUGAAGAUGAGGAUGACUGGCAUGGCUAUGCAGGUGGUGCGCAGUGAUGGGGUGCUAGCGCUCUACAAUGGGCUCAGUGCUUCACUCUGCAGGCAGAUGACUUACUCGAUGACCCGCUUUGCCAUUUAUGAAACUGUGAGAGACAAGAUUUCUAGUCAAAACCAGGGGCCCAUGCCCUUCUACCAGAAGAUCUUGCUGGCUGCUUUUGGAGGUCUUACUGGUGGGUUUAUUGGGACACCAGCGGACAUGGUUAAUGUCAGAAUGCAGAAUGAUGUGAAGUUGCCACCUGAUUUAAGAAGAAACUAUGCACAUGCUCCUGAUGGAUUGUUACGCGUCUGGAAAGAAGAGGGAAUAAGGAAACUGUUCUCUGGAGCCUCAAUGGCAGCUAGUAGAGGGGCUAUGGUCACUGUGGGGCAGCUGUCCUGUUAUGACCAGGCCAAGCAGCUCGUUCUGGGAACUGGUUUGAUGACAGAUAACAUUUUCACUCACUUUGUUGCUAGCUUCAUUGCGGGAGGUUGUGCUACUGUUCUCUGUCAGCCUAUGGAUGUGGUGAAAACCAGACUGAUGAAUUCAAAGGGGGAAUACAGGGGGGUGAUUCAUUGUCUGUCUGAUACUGGAAAACUCGGACCUAAAGCUUUCUACAAGGGCCUUGUCCCAGCUGGAAUCCGUCUGAUUCCUCACACUGUACUUACUUUCAUCUUUCUGGAGCAGCUCCGAUUGUAUUUUGGCAUUAGAGUUGUAACCUCUACAUGAACUCUGACCCAAAAGCUCCUGGUAUUAUCAGUUUCAGGUGAUCCCUUCACAAGUAGACAGUAAUAAAAUCAGGUGUAAAUGGGGUCCAAAACAUUCUGUGAUCGAAUCACUGAAACCACAUAAGGUGGACAGAAACACAAUUCAAACCAUGAAGGACCACCUACUCACCUGUCAGUCAUUCUUUGUGCUAAAGCAAUGGUCUCAAACAACCUUUCCAGUUAUUUAUGCCUAGAAAUUAACCUAAUCAAAAUAUUUGGAAAAUCCUGUAAUUACAUGCACAGGACUUCAUGAAAACUCAGUUGCAGUUUCAAAGUUCAGUUCAUAAAUGAAUAUGCCUCAAAAUGUCACAUUUAUGGUGAAAUUAAAAUUUGAAGCUUAUUUGGAAGCAACAAUGUUCUCAAUCUUUUCUUCUGGGUGACCACUUGUAAAUAAAUUAACCAAGAUGAAUGUUAAUACCAGGUGUAAACAGUUCCAAAAUGCAUCUGACUGCUACAAUGUCUCAAAAGACAAUACAGAGCGUGUUGCUCUACACAAUAAAAUGUAGAGCAAUGGGCUGUAGUUCCAGGGAAGCACUGGCCAAGGAACCUGAUUCAGGAGGAGAAAAGUUCUGUUGACAACAGCAGUACCUUUCUGUAGCUGUCUCUUUUCUUUCUUUUUUGAUUUUUUUUGAUUUUGCAGAGCCAUUAAUAUUAACAUUCAAGUUGCCUGCAUGUGAUAAUGUUUGCCAUGUAUACUCAAUCUGUCAUUUAUGUUCUGUUGAUUGUGUGAUGUAGACCUUGGCAUGUUUUCUUCGUGAUAAUUAAGUUUUUUCAUUUACCUGAAAUGAUCUCAAACUGGAAUUGACAGAAAACAUCAUUUAAACAUUCACAAUAUUUCAAUGUACGACCUUUUGUGUGUUCUAUUGAUUAAGUGUUUAUUUAAUGAGAACCCAUCUUAAACCAUAAAAACCUACUGGUGUCAUUACUGUCAUUACACUGAAUAAUGUAAUACAUGUAUUGUCCUACAGGUGGCAGUGCUGCAUUGUCACUAACUCAAUUGCGUAAGCAUAAACGCAAAAAGUGUCAGCAUAUAAAAUAAAGGAAAGGGUCAGCAUAUAAAAUAUCUAUGCCACUGAGACGAGGACAUAAUUACAGUAAUCAGCAUUCAUAUCUGUAUUCAUUCUUUACUUAUGAUAUAACUAUGUUCUUGUGAAGCUGGAAGAGGGUGAUUUGACACAGUUCAAGGAGUCAAACUGUACUCUGAAAAUAAUCUCAUUUGGAUGUAAGAAAAUAAUAAUUGUUUUCUGAUAAAUAUUGCAUAUACAGUCAAUAUUUCCUCUUUUUUUUUUUAUCCACCAAGCCAUCACCCAACCCAUCCAGAUCAUCCAGGUCACAAUAGUACACUUUCCUCAUGGUGUUAAUCUCCAGUGUCAGGACAUGGUUCUAAUUAGCAUUCAGAAUCUAGAUUAGCAUUUUGGCACUUUUCGUUUCAUUGUCCCGAAGCCAAUGGUUUUUCUGAAUGGGUUUUUAGUUAAACGUCUGAAAUACGGUCUUUGGUUAACACAAGUUUAAGACAUUUUCAUGGUUUAUUCUACAACAUAAAAAAAAAAUGUUAACAAAAACCUGUAUGUUUCAUAAAACAGUAUUUGGGCUUCAAAUUUCAUAAAAGUUGUAUUCAUUUGUGAAGAUUUUCGUGAUGAACAAAACGUGUAAGAAUCAUAAAUGUUUGUUGGCCUCAGAGCAUAUUUUCUGCAAUAACCCAAAAACCAAUUUAUAAAAUUGUGGCUUGUAUAACUACAGACAGUUUCAUAAAACAGUAGGUUACUUCAACAUGAAAGAAUUAUUCUAAAAAGACCAAUACAUCAGUGCUUUACACAAUAUUAUCUCAUUGAAAAGAACAAUAGAGAAAUAUUUGAAGCUAUAGGGCCAUAAAAAUACAUUCACGACUGGCCUUUUUGCAAACAGCAGUCAAUAAACCCUCACUACUUCAACUUCACUGACUGUAAAACAUGUACGCAUAUAUCUCCAGUGUGUCAGGAUGUGGUGACAUGACCUGUUAAUGUGUUUAUUCGCAUUUUUCAUUCCCAGAUCUUUGCCAAAGUAUGGGAAUUCGCUUCCUUUUAGAGUGACAUCUGUGGGAUCUUUCUCUGUUUCGACAUUUGAGGCAAUUGUGUAUAAUGCUGAGAUGUACAAUGAGAGAGAUGCUGUGAGAGAUAUAUGAGAUACUGUGAAAGACAGGCUAAUCUCCAUUCCAAUCUGUCUGUCUUUUUCCGUCCUUUUUUUCCCUGCAAAAAACCUUAAAUAACUUGGCUGAAAAACAGCAUACAUCUAUGUAAUCUCAGUGUGUAUGGAGCCCAAAGCUUCUGAAGUCUACAGAUAUCACAAAUUGGCCUAAUUUCUGUUAAGCUAAUUAUAUUUACUGUAUUUGCUACCCACUGUCCCCCCUAACCAUUAUAGAAACAUUUAACGUUAAACAUUUCAUUGGUCUACUCACAAGAUGUUCCAAUCUCAUGACUUUUUAUGAUAUUUAAAAUGGUCAUAUCAAAAGCAGCGUCAGGGAAAUUGCCUCCUAUUCCUAAAGGCAAAUCACACCCUGAUUAUAAUUACCAUUUUUUAGGAGUUUAUGUUAAAAAUAAACGUCUCUCCUUAUUACAUGCCUGUCUUUUUAACCUCCCCGCAGGAGUGCAGUAAUGUAUAAAAUAGCCGCGGUCAGAUUGUUUAGCCAAUCAGAACACUUUUGAAGCGUUUUCUACUAGGGCUGCGUUCAGCCUGGACAAAACGUAGCAAAACAUUUAUUAAACAGAAACGUUGGUGCGUUGAACACCCUGUUCUGAUGACGCAAGUGUUGCAACUAUGGCAGCUGAGAAGGCCAUUCUUUGUGUUCUUUUUGAAGAAUUUUCAUAGCCUGAUGAAAUCGGUAUAAAUACAUGUUGAAUACUGCAAAAUACUCUCGACAAACAUGUCUUCUAAUAUCUUCAAUUGUUGUGUAUACCCAGCUGCAGCGGACACAUUUGUAAACGGCUUUAAUGGACCCAUUGUGCGAGCUGACUCUUUAAUACCGCGUGGUUUAUAUACAUGUUGCUGCUGAUUGGGCUGACAUUUUUGACAAGCCCACCAAACAAGAGAAAACGUAUCUCAAACCCUGUUGCACACCAUUUCCAGGAAACAUGUCCUUCAACCCGGAACCCGUAGCAAAACGUUGCGCACCGGUGUAAGCUUGAACAUGGCCCAGGGUUAAGGCUAAAAGGGAUACGUGGGCAUGCGCACAUCAAUACAAUGUAAUUUUUGUCGCACUGUACAACAAUAAUUACAAUUGUUUUCAUUAUUGUAAGGGGUAGGUGUAGGUGUAGACAAAACCUUCUGCCAGCCAGUAGUUUGGCGCACUCACAGAGUGAAGUCUCAUUUGGGAAGCAUGCAUAUGUUCUUAAAUUAUUGAAUUAUUAUGCUAUAAGUAGUUAUUUCAUAUGUACAGGGUUUGCGAACCCCUGAUUUCCAGCAUUUUCAGUGAGAGAAAUAAUCAUUCUCAUGAAAGAAUCAUUCUUUUGAGUCUAAGCUUGUUGUUUUCGAGUUAAACUCACUCUAAAAUCUUGUUCCUUAGCCUUGACUUUAUCCUUUUUGAAGCUUGAAAGCUCCUGUUAAUUAUAAUUGCACUGAAAGAAAGAACAUGGAUAUUAAUCAAAAUGUCUCCUGUUGUGUUCAAUGGAACAGAAGUUAUACAGGGUUGAAAGUUUUAAACUCCUUUAAGCUGAUGCUCUUGUGUCAACUGUUGGCUGCUCCCAUCACUGUUGGGGAUUUCAGGUUUUAUCCUUGUUGGGACAUUUAGUCACCAGAAUGAUAGCACAACCUGACCCGCACACAAAACACAGCACAAACAUCCACCUAGAACUGCUCAUUUUCUUUAUCAUUCUAUUUAUAAUUAUGAAGAAACAUAAUUAACUCCCAUAUUUAGAAAUCUCUGUUACUCUCAAAACUUCCUUCAGUAAACAGCAUUUAUCUUAUCUGUCUCUUUCUGUCUUGCUUGGAGCUUAAAUUCUUGCAAAAACAGUCCUUGUCACAGUUAGUACAAAGUACUGAUGGAUCUGGUCACCAGCAUAUGAUGUGUUCUGGAUGCUGGUUUUUCUUACAGGAUUCUUAACCAGCAAAAUGUCCUGCCAACCAACUAAACUAGAUACGUUUUUCUAGUCCUGCAGGGUCAGGACACUUAAUUUAAUUAUCAACUUUGGAUUUUUCCUUCCAAAGUUCCCUUGGACAAAUAAAAUGUAUACACUGAAGAAAAAAAAAAAAAAAAAGUUGAGCCAACUUAAAAUUUUAAGGCAACCAGCUUCAGCAGAUUUUUGAAUUUUCUCAACUUGUCGUUUUAAGUUUAUACAACAAAAA